GGUAAAUCGUCUGGUCGUUUUAAUAGAACAAGGCCGCGCCAAUUUGACUUCCACAGUAUUCAGAGAGGUCUCUGCUGAAAAAGGUUAUAGCAUGAACGUCACACGAAAACGUGCCUUUUCGUAACUUUAUAGCUUACUUUCUUACCAGGACUCGAAGUGAAUUUAUCGGAAACCAGAUAAAAUGCCAGUAAGCUGCAGUGGGCGAGGAAGUAUUACAAGCGUUGCCAGCAAUGGUGAAUUUCAGUGGAAAGAAGGAUUCGAUCUGAUGAACGUUGGUUUCGAACUUGAUUCCAUUCCCCUGAAGAUUGACUUGUCAGGCGCUGCACACAGUCACGUUGACCGUAUGAAUCAAACUUCUAAUCGUGUUAGCUCUUGCAGCUCCUCGAGAAGCUCUGAAUUCCAGGCCGUGUUGGAAGCUUUAUCCGACUACAAAAUAAAUGAACCAAGCACAAAAGGAAAUGACAGCUCCGCGAUUUGUUCCAAAGAAAAAGGCGACUCGGGACAGCAAAGCUUAGUGGAUUCAUCAAGUGGUAGUGCAAUAAGUAAGUUCAAUCGAGCGCCUCCAAUGCUGACGCGUCGCAAGUCUCUUCCAUCUCUUGGCCUUGUGGCCGUAGACGUGCAGUACAGUGUGCCAAGUUCAAAAUCAUUUCCCGGUGACUUAUCUAAGAAUAUUGCUGGGAAAGAGUUAGAUGUUAUCCUAGAAACUCCCAGGAAAGGAAAACAAAAGCCUCAUCAUUUAGCAAAUAUACUGACAAGGCCAGAGGGUCGGAGGCGUCGGUUCUCACUUGGUGCUCAAGGUAAUGAGGCCCCAUCAAAAAGCCGCACAGUUGUUCCUAAAACGAAGCAAAGGAGACCAUCUUGUUCGAAAUUUGCCGAAAGCCCGUCUGUUUGGCGCGUGCAGGUGCACAAAAGGAGCCUGGACAUUAAUGACGAAGACGAUAGGUUAUACUCCCGUUUUCAAACUCGUCGAGGCAGUUUCGCAGGAUUUUCUACAGUUGCAGAUCAAUCAGAAAAAAAACAAAGUUUACUUCCAAAAAUUGGGAGAAGAAAUUCACUCGUGCAAAACGAUGAUGAAGAAUGAACGAUGUUUCACGAAUGAAUUUAAACUAAAUAUUGUAGCGAAAAAAUUCUGAUCCGACUUGUAGCGAUUAUAUUUCGUAUAAUUAGCUGGCGACUUUCUU